AGCAGAUGUCAGUACAAGGACAAUAUUCAACACCUCCAAUAAAAGACCUGCAACCCGAGUGCUGGAUCAUCUCUAUGUCUUGAGAGUUAAAUGCAAAAUCUCCAUCCAGUAUCCGCUGAAGGUGAAGUACGACAACGAGACGGAAAAAUGUCCGACGCCCUCGUCGUCACCUUCCAGUCUCAGCUCUCCAUCGUCAUGGAGACGAUUCUCAAGUCGGCCAUGAUUGAGAUCACCAGGCUGGUGGAGGACAGCUUCAUGGAGGAAGUGGCUCGGGGCAAGCAGGAGGUGGAAUUGCUCCUGCGCAGGCUGCAGUUUUCUGAGAGCAAACUGAAGGAGAGAGAGAAGAGGGUACGAUGUACCGACUGUGGGAGAGCCACAGCCGGUGGAGAGAGGAUCACAGAGAAACCAGCAGAGACUCUCGCAGGUGAAGAUGCUCUGUGCUUCAGGCUUAGCCUGAGGGAGCAGUCUGAGAAAAGGCCUCAGUUCAGUGAAGUCUGGAGGUCUACAGAGAGUCUGGGCUCGUACAGAACCCCAGAAACACACAGUGACAAAGAGAAGAACGUAAAUGCACUUGAAAAAAGGGGGAAGCAGGAGUCCACGCCUAAUACGGAAGUGCAACAUUCUCAGUGCAUCAACGCACCGGUCGCAAGGACCCAUGAGGUCUGUAGCAACCCUAUACCCAGAGAAAGUCACUGCAAGACACCUGUCAUGGACUUCACUCCCAGUAAAGACAUAGACUUGGCCCAGUCCCGAACCAUACAAAGUGCUACAGAGGAAGACGGGGUGGGUGAGUUGGCACCGUCUCCAUCCUACGCCACUGUGAAAUCUGAGCACCAUCCUGAUCCGGUUGCUAUUAAAGAAGAGGAGGAGAUGCUCCCGGUGUGGGAUUGCGGAGAUGACUGCGCUCCUGCAGAAACUGACCAGAAUCUCGCCGGAUCCUGGAAUCGAGAUGAAACACAGGUAGAUAACUUUCCAAAUCUAACUGCUCUCAACAUGCCAGAUCCAUCAUCACAUGUAAUGUCCUAUUCACUGAAUUGUAACACAGAGGUAUCGCAAGGCAUCAAGGCUGAGCCUAGUGAGUCAGUCACCACAGACCUGGUUCACCUUGCUUUGGCUCCAUUGCCUGAGGGAUCCGGUUCAUUUGACCGGAAAGAAAAUGGACACUUGUUUGGUCCAGAAAGCCUUUUGAGUCAUCCAGAGCUUUGUUUAGGUGAGAAACUUUUCCUCCCUUUUCCACAGAGCGAACAUUCCCUUUCAAUUCCCACUGAAAAGCCACACCCUGGAAAAUCCUUUGCUCAAGUGGCUCAGCUGAAGGUUCACAUGCUCACGCACCAUGCAGGCAAACCCCUGAAGUGUCCCCAGUGUGCCAAAACAUUCGCUCAUGAUUUCGAGCUGAGCGACCACCAGAAGCAGCACUCCAAAGAAAGGCCUCACAUCUGCCCCGACUGCGGCAAAGGCUUCACCCGCUUCAGCAACUUCAAGCAGCAUCAGAACAUCCACACGCGCGAGAAACUCUUCAACUGCACCCACUGCGGCAUGAGGUUCAAAAGAUCCACUCACUUGAGAAUCCAUCUCAGGAGACACAGCCGAGUGGGGAAGAGUUGUCCUUGCCGUCAGUGCGGGAAGACGUUUGUGUGCCUCAAGCAGCUGAAGGGCCAUCUGCUGAAAGUGCAUGGAACGGAAAUGAACUGAAUCUCACCUUCCUGGCCAGACGUCUCUGCAUGCAUGACCUGAGCCAUCUCUUUCUGCCUGAGCUGAACCACACUUGUCUCAAAAUGAGCAGCUACACAAAGAAAACACAGUCCAUUCUGAUGUAUAGCAAAACAAGUUAAAUAAAUAAAACUAGUUUCACAAUUAGGAAUUAAAAUCACUUAUUAUAAACACAUAAAAAGCCUGAUGUUAUAUGUAUUAUGAAGCGUUUUACUAUAUGAAUGCCACUUGUGUGUCAUUUUUUGUUAAAAUCAGAUAGGCCAGAAGGGGUUCUUUAACUUUUUGCAACCAGGGAAGGAAAAUCCUUCAGCACAGAUUCCUAAAUGUGUACAAUAAUGAAUUCAUUCAUCUUCUGUAGUCUUCAGAUCCGAAAGCAUGUCCUGAAAACACUUGGCCUGGGGCAGGAAUACACCCUGGAUGGGGAUGGCAAUUCAUCACAACACACCAUGCACACACACACAUUCACACCUAGCGGCAAUUUCGAGUUGCCAAUCCACAUACUGCCAUGUUUUUGGGAGGUGAGAAGAAACUGGAGGAAACCCAAACGGACAUGAGGAGAACAUGUGAGACUGCAGACAGACACAGACAGUAACCUGAGCUUCAUCACCCGAGGGCUCUAAAGCUAUAACAUGGCAACCGACUCUGUGUGUGUGUGUGUGUGUGUAUGUGUGUGAGUUAUUAAGGUGUAGAUUAAAUCCAGUUAAUUCAACUGACCACUCAAACUGACUAAUAGCUAUAAGAAGUCAAUAAUACAUAUAAUAAGUUUUGAUAAUGGUAACUUUUAAAGCUGUAACCAAGUGUAAAAAGUCAUGGACCCUCCUGAAUGUGCGUCACAGACUACUGGAUUUUCCCCACAUUAAAAAUCAGUGGCUUUGGAAAGAUUUAGAAUGAUUAAAGAACUUUUUUUUGAUCCUUCUGGUCCAUGAGUCUUUAGACAUUUUUUUAUUAAACCUCAAUAAUCAUGUUUUCACCACAAAAUUCGUUCUUCAUAAUGCUAGCACAUUAUUUCUUUCUUUAUUGAUUUAUUUUAUUUGCCAUGGCACCAACCAAAAUGGCAUCCCUCUAAAAAGCCUUCCUCAGCACCUUUAUUUAUCCGACCGUAUCAGGUAUGAAAUAUUCUUUUGGAAGAUGCUUUUAAUCGAAGCUUCUUUAUGAGGCAGAAUACAAUCCAGCAUAAUGCUCGCAGAGACGCUGACAGAUAGAAAUGCUGCGACAUUCCGAGCAAACAGAAACAAAUGUGCAGUGGGAACCGAGAGGAAGACCUCGAGAGAAUCACGGCUAAUUACACCCACAGACGCAGGACUCCUGCAAAGACAUAAAUCAGAGGCAGAUUAGAGCUCAGGGUGUUGAAGUGCUCUCAGAAGAUAAUAUUAAUCUUAAUAUUAAUAACAAUCCUCUGGAGGGUUGCACGGGAAUCUGCAGAGUGAAUACCAUGAGGAACUAUGUUUUGUAACAGUGCUACCUUUCUACAGAAAGGUCCCUUUUAAGUGUUUACUGUAUUGUUUAUAUAUUUAUUUAUUUUGAAG